AUGUUCGUAUCCCCAAUCAUCGUCCGCGUGCCAGGUCUCAAGCCACAACUUCGUCUCUGCGCCGGUCGUGUGAUUCGGUGCCCGAGCCACAAGCUGACAGGGGAGAGAUCUAGAUAUCGAACUUACGAAUCGCCAAUGAGACGAAUCUCCGCCGCACCCUGGCAUGGAGAGGUUCGGUCUAGGUCUGAAGCUCCGACUGAACUAUCCAAGUUCCUUCCAUCUGCCUUACCAGGCAUCCGCGAAAUGAUCUGUGUUGUGACGGGGGUCCGUGAUGCCACCUGGUCAGAUGGCCUAGUUGCGUGCGAUCGCCCCAACAACACGAGCACGAUGAAAUGA